AUGGGACGACCAGUUUAUUAUGAGGAAAGCGAUGAUUCCGAUUUUUCGGAUAAUGAAAUUAACAACAAUAAUCAUUCUAAAAAUCCAACGUCAUUAAGUCAGACUCAAUCACAACAACAAACUCCAUUUGAAAUAGCAAGUCUGCGAAAUAAUAUUCAACAUUUUAUGCAAAUUCCACCUGCCUUGACUGCACAGAAUCAAGGAAAUAAUGCUACAUAUUACGACGACGACGACAACGCAUUCAUUCAUGGUGCCUCAUUAACGGAAGAAAUUCGCAAUCAGCAAAUACAGCAACACGGGAAUCACUUAGCUCAAAAUAUUAAUUCAAAUCAAGAAAAAAAUCCAACAAGUUCUACUUUACAACCCCAAAAUUCAUCAACUGCUCUUAACAAUUAUUCGGGAAUAAUAACUGAGGCAUAUCAAAUUUCUCAAUUAAAGCAAAUUGCACAACAGCAAUUUAAAAAUUAUAUAACUCCUCAAGACAGAUUAAUCA